AUGGGAGAAAUAGGAAAAUGGAUUACUGAAGUGUUCGGGGAAAUGACAAAGGAUGAUAAGGAGGAUAUAGCUGAACCGGCAUGUGCAGAUACUACAGUAGAAGGAAAGAAGUUAGCAGGGGAAGAUGUAAAAGUGUGCAUAUUUAUUUUAAAAAAUUUAUUAAAAAUAAAAGAUAUUAAGGGAAAUCAGUGUAAUAUAGAAGAUGCCGAUAAAGAAAUGAAAGAAUACGUAUACUGCACAAUAAUAAAUUUGUGGUCCACCAUGUAUCGAAUGCAACAUUGCAAUAAGGAGAAUGUUGUAUAUGAGGCAUAUAAAUUAAUGAAGAUUAUGAUCGCACCAUUUGGUGGGGAAUCUCAAUGUGAAGGAUGUAAGUAUGGACAAUUAGAACCUAUGAGAGUAUUAGGGAAAGCCGAUAUAUUACAGCAUAUUAAUCAAACUAUGAAUGCGGAUGCAAAAAUUAUGAAAUUAAUAAAUAAAGAACCCAAACCGAAAAAACCAUGUCCAAGAACAACAGGAAAGGAUCAAUCACAUCAAGCAGAAGGAGCGGGGGGCAAAAUGACCGCACAGCAGUUUUAUUUCCUAAGUAGUUUAUUAACAAAGUGGAUAAUAGAAAAGGGUAUGAACAAUGUAAAUCAAUUUGGGAUAGGAAUCUGGGCAGGUUUGGGGAAAAUGUUUGAUAACCUUAUGGGAACACUUGGACCGGGUGAAGAGAAGGAGAUAGCAACUUCCUGUGCUACGGGGAUGAAGGAAAAUGGGGAAAAAAUAACACCAUGGGGAAAUACAGAAAAGGAGUUAUGCAAGGCUAUGAUCAAAGUGAUGUUAUACACUAAUGGAUUAACACAAAAAUUAGCAGUAAGAGAUAAAGUUGCAGGUGAAGAUGAGGUAACUACAUAUCUAAGGUGUUUAGUUGGCACCAUUACAUUAAUAGAAUUAUAUGGGCAGCACUGCCUCUUUGGAAAGGUACUUCCACAUGUAUCACGAGUGGUCAAACAGAGCGUGCAGGACAAUAAAUUAAGUAUGACAGAGAAUAUGUGCUAUAACCUAAAUCUAGAAGAGGCAAAAGUGGGGGGGAAAUUAAUUGGUGCAACAAUAAAGAAGUGGGUGCAGAAUGAAAUAAAGAAGGGAAAUAGUGCGAACGGGAAGAAUAGGGUGCUGAAGUAUGAUAUGGUUAUGAGCAGGAGUAAUAUUUGUACCGAAAGCGCAGGGACUAAAGGUGGUAAAGGACCAGGAGCUGGAGUGACCAGCACAGCAGGAAUAGAAGAAUUGCAGGAAGUAAUGGUAAAAGGCGACACUGUAUCAAGAGAAGAUGCAGACAGUAUAAUAGAGGAAGUGAGUAAUAGAGGAUUAACGGAGGGGGAAGAAGCAAUAAAAAAGGCGUUAAAAAAUGAACUGGAAAAAAUAAUACAGGACACAAUACAAAAACAAAAAUCCCUCACCACCCUAUCCAUAGACCAAAAAACUUGCUCAAUCAGUGGAUUGGAUAACCAGGAGCAAGAAAAUUGGGAUGAGCUGUUUACGCAAUUUUCUAAUGUUCCAAGUGAUGCUGAUAAGAAUGGAAUUUAUUAUAAGUGGGUAGGGAUGAAGAGUGUAUGUGAGGUGAAGGUAGGAACGAACAAAAUCUGGAACCAACAGGAGAGAGAGUUCUGCGAAGUCCUAGUAAGGAAUUUAAUAAUUGCAAAUGAACAUAAGUAUAAAUGUGAGGAACAGAGUACACAGUUAGUAGAAGGAAAAAAGAAAACGUGUGUAGGGAAAUGUGAUCUCCUGACUAUAUGGCUGACCUAUGUAAAAGGUCUUUGUGUUAGUGAGGAAUUAAUUAAAUAUGCCUAUGAAGCUAUGGAGCAGUUAGAGACUAACUGGAAUGGUAAAGAUUCUAAUGAUCUCUGUAAAUAUGGAGAAACUAGUAAUCUUUAUAGGGAUAACAAUGAUAUUUUGAACAUAAUUAUUGAGAAAAUGAAGUGUGAAGCAGAAAAGGGAAGAAUGAAAGGAAUACACAAUAGUAAUUGGUGCACAGAAAAAUAUAGGAAGUAUAAAGUGAACGUACCUGAUGGUGUGGCUCGCACUGGCAGCAGCAGGCAGGAACCUAAGAAAGGGAAACAAUUAGUAGAUAAAUUGAAGGACAUUGAAAAUAGAGCUAAUGGCCAAUUGGACGAAGUAAAAAAUACGGUAGAAUCACACCUAAGUUCAUCCUCCUCCAGUGGUGGAAGUAGAGCACCGAAACCAGAAGAACCACCUGCCAAAGUUCCUGAAGUAACAAAGGCAGCAGAAACCAAUACUCACGAAACUGGAACAGGGAAUCCUAGGGCAGAUGUUACAGGUCCCACUAUUAAUACUGCAGAUGCUGGUAAAACGGACAAAGCACCUGCACCCGCAGCUGUUGCUCCUGCUAAAGAAGAGAAGGAAGUUCACGCUGCUUCUGAACAAAAUGGUCAGGCAGGAGGUACGAAUCCUAACAGUGCCCCAGCAAAUCCUUUAUCUCCUAGUGUCCCAGGAACUCCCCCCGAUGGUGGUGGUCUAAGUGGUCAGGCUAAACCAGGUGCUAGUUCUAUACCUGGUCCCCAGGGUGCUGCAGAUGGUAGUCCAGGAACAAAUUCAAUAAGACAGGGACCUAGAGAGGGACCUGGUCCAGGACAGCAACCCCCUCCUCCUCCACCACCUCAGCAUCAGGAGAAUGUAGAACCAAAACAGGGUGGGAACAAACCACAAGGUCCAGCACCACCAGGCAAACCUCAAGGACCACCACAACAAGCGGCAUCAUCCGUACCUCAAGCAACACCAGCUGUUCAUUCAGGAAAAAGUUCAAUAGCACCACGUGCAAUUAAGCCGCAGGAAGUAGGGAAUAUAAGGAAGGAAAAGAUGGUCGACCCUUCCGACUUCCUUACCCCAUACCUUCCUACCAUUCCUGUGUUCCUUGGUAUUUCUGCUAUGACCUACUUAUUCUGGAAGUACUUUGCCCUACCUGGUAAAAGAAGAAAACGUUACGGAAGAGCUCAUCAAGUACGUGGUCCUCCUCCUUUAGAAGAACAACUUCCUGAUCAUGUGGACGACCAGGAUGGUCCACAUGAAUAUACGUUAGUAAAGAAACGCAGACAACCAAGAUCUGUUCCAACAAGAAGGAAGGAAAAAGUUGGUAAACAUGUUGGUCGUCGUGGUGUUGGUCGCCGCCGCAUGAUAAUUGAUAUUCAUUUAGAAGUGUUAGACGAAUAUCAAAGGGAAGAUCUGCAUUCGACGAAGGAGGACUUUCUUAAAAUAAUUGUGCAGGAAUUUAUGGGAUGUGAGUUUAUAGAGGAGGAAAAUGUUCCUAAGGAACAGGCUCCAAGUUCAGAUUCCGGGUUUCGGGAAGGAAGACUUUGUUCCUAA